CAGCCAACCGCGGGGGACCCGCCGCCCGCCCGCGAGCUGGUGCGGCCCUCGGUGACGGAGCUGUCCCAAGUGAGGACCAACAUCCUGUGCACCGUGCCCGGCUGCGGCAAGGUGCUGCCCAACAGCCCGGCUCUCAACAUGCACCUCAGCAAGGCCCACCGGCUCCAGGAUGGAAAAUUUAAUGCACCAAUAAGGAAGGGUUUGAAAACUCCACAGAAAUUCUACUGCUGUCCUAUUGAAGGCUGCCCCCGAGGACCAAACAGACCAUUUUCCCAAUUUUCUCUUGUAAAACAGCACUUUAUGAAGAUGCAUGCUGAAAAGAAGCACAAAUGUGACAAAUGUAGUAACUCCUAUGGUACAGAAUGGUAUUUGAAACGGCAUAUAGAGGACUGUGGCAAGACUUUCCGGUGUACUUGUGGGUGUCCCUAUGCCAGCAGACCAGCUUUACUGUCUCAUAUUUACAGAACUGGACAUGAAAUUCCUGCAGAACACAGGGAUCCUCCUAGUAAGAAAAGGAAAAUGGAGACCUCUGUACAUAAUCAGCAGUUGGCAGAGAAAGCAAAUAAAGCAUUCAUCGAUACACACAGUAAUAACCCUGGGACUCAGGAGCUGGAAUCAUCUGAAGUGAAACUAGUGGCAUCUUUUGAAGGUUCCUGCAAUUCUAACUUCACAAAGCAAGUGCACCCAAAAUGUACACCGAAGAUGCUUUUGCCAAAGCCCAAGGUGGCUUUGGUUAAACUUCCAGUGAUGCAGCUUGCUCACUUGCCUGUGUAUGUAUCUGCAACAGAUUCUUCUGUCAAGCCUGUUGUAGUGGCUGUUGAUAAUCAAGGUUCAGUUGUGAGUACUGUUCAUUUAUUGCCUCAAUCUGUGGGAAUUCUGAUUCCAGCACUGGAGGCGGAAACACUUGUAUUUAAAGAUUCUAUGCCAGUUUCGAAAGUGACAAACUCUGGUGAUAACGAAGCAGUAAGUACUGGUGUACAAGUUGACUUGGAUAAGGUUGCAUCAAGUAGCCCAGGACAAGAGCUGGGGAAUGUUUGUCACAAGAAUAAAAUUUCUUCAAUAAAUGUACAGACUGACUUAUCUUAUGUUUCUCCAAAUUUUGUACCAGCUGCAGCCUGGACUCCCGAUUCUUCUGUAUCUUCCUGUUCUCAGACAGAUCUGUCGUUUAGUUCACAGGUUUCAUUACCCAUCAGUGUACAAACACAGACAUUACUGCCUGCUUCCAAACUGACUUCGUCCAUAGCUGCUCAGACUGAUGAUUUUAGUCAGGCUUGUUUUCCAACGUGUGGCAUUUCUAGAGAGACUCAAACCAGUAGGACGCAGGAUUCUAUUGAUGGACGAGUGCAAAUGGACCAGGCUGUAAUGUGCAGUGACAUCUUUGAAAAUGUUCAUUCAUCAUAUAAUGGUUCUACUCAAAUUGAACUUCCAGAAAAUAACUUAAUGGCUACAAAUAUAGAUCAAACCUUGCUGCAGAGGAGUAAUUGCAAGAGCCUCAAUCAAGACACAGCGAAGUCUGAAUCUCUUAUUGGGUUCAGUACCCAGGCUAAUAUACUUCCACCUCAAAAUACGAUGGAUAAUCAAACUCAGACAAUGGACUUGCUAAGUGAUCUGGAAAAUAUCUUUUCAGGAAACAUGUCUGGCCAGACACUGGAUAAUCGUGGCCUUUUGUCUGAGACUAGUUCUAAUGCUGACACGCAUCUGCCAUCUGGUUCAUCACAGAGCACUGGAAUAGACUUUGACAUUGAAGAGUUCUUUUCAGCAUCCAAUAUCCAAACUCAGACUGAAGAGAGUGAGCUUGGUACCCUACCCUCCGAGCCAGUUUUGGAGUCACUAGAUAUUGAAACUCAAACUGAUUUCUUAUUCUCAGAUAGUGCCACUCAAUCAUAUAGCUGCAGAGGAAAUUCUAACUUCUUAGGUUUGGAGAUGUUUGAUACACAGACGCAGACAGACUUGAAUUUCUUUUUGGACAGCAAUACCCAUCUGCCUUUAGGAAGUAUUCUGAAGCAGUCUAGUUUCUCCAUGAGCACUGACUCAUCAGAUACAGAAACCCAGACAGAAGUAUAUCCUGCCACUAAAAACGUACCUAACCAGAACAUAGAAAGCAAAGUCCAGCUCAAUAGUGCUGAAACACAGACUAUGGAUAGCUGCUUUGAGAAUCUUGGGAAUUUAUUCCUUACCAGCAAUGAGACACAGACAGCAAUGGAUGACUUUCUUCUGGCUGACUUAGCCUGGAAUACAAUGGAGUCCCAGUUCAGUUCAGUAGAAACACAGACCUGUGAAGAGCUGUGCUCCUUGUUUCAGAGCUCUGACAAGCCCAGUCAUUGAGUACUGUGUAACAGAACUGUUUCCUGUGGUUUGAAAUUAAGUUAUUGGGGUGGGAAAGAUGCAUCGACCAAGUAACCCAUUUCGCAUUGUUGAAUGUAGUUAUUGUGUGCGGUUGGCCUAAAAGACUUUUCAUGCUGAAGGUACUAAAUUGAAAAUGUAACUUCAACAUAAGUUAUAUGUGCAUAAGGGGGGGGGGAGCAUAACAUGUUAAUGUACAUUUGAACCUUAAACAGUUUGUGGUGCCUAUGUUUUUUGCUCAAUCUUCAUUACAAACUGCUUCAUUUAAACUGAAGAACCUUUUGAAAGUGUCCCACGUAUAUCUAUUUCUGGCUUAUGUAUAGGGUUCCACUGUGCUAGACCAAAACCUGGCCUGUCCAAUUCAGAUGCUUCCCUGAAUUGCAGGGGAGGAUUCUUUUAGUGUAAGCUACUUCUGUUUACUUUUUUUGGUAGCUUGUAUUUUUAAUCUGGCAUGAACAUAAUAAGCCGUACCAUUUUUUCCUUUAUGCCUUCACAGCUCUUUCUCCUGUUCAGAACAUUGCAACUUGAACACCCGUCCAGCAGCCAUAGAUACAUGUAGACUUGAAUUAUGGAGCACUGAUGGUUUGCAAAACAUGUAGAAAGCAGUAGUUGUUCUUCCCAGGUGCUACUGAUGCCCUUUGAAGGGUAGAAAAAGAGCUUAGAAUACAUAAUCACUUGGAAAAUUGUUACGAUGUCCUUUUAGCCCUUGUCAUCAAUGGGACUGAAGUGAUUUAAAGUCUUCAGAAGGGAUUUGCUUGAAUUAUUUCUGACUGUAAGACAUAAAUGUUACAGUGUUUGUGCCUCAGAAACUGGAAUAGUUUGUUUUUUCUGAAAUUCCUCUAUUUUCCAUGAAGAUGUAAGUUGGGAAAUGUCACAAUGGCUUAUAUUUCCACUACCUUAACAAAAGCCAUCAAGCAUGAGAAACUGAAUUCUGUGAAAUAUUUCUUUUCCUGUACUUGGAUUUAUGUUUCCAGAACUGAAGCAAACUCAACUGCAUACAACAGAGCUGGGAGAUGUGCUCACAAAAACCCUUUCAGAAAAGAUGUAUUUUGCUUUUGCACAUUGAUCUGAAGCAGGUGGUUCCUGCAGCUUUUGGGAAGUUUUCUGAGUGUAAUCAAAAACUUGGACUGAUCUGUCAAAGAGAAACAUGCGACCUCUUGGAUUUUUGUAUUUAUUUUACCCUUUGUACUGUGCUUGUAGCAGAUGUAUUCACAUGGAAAAAACAAAGCCAGUUGUGAAUGUAUGCUGGAAUUUGGCCUUAACCGAUUCUUAUCUUCUUGUAAUGCCUGCAGAAAUGUAGGCCUCUGUUUUUGUCCUGGACAGGUUUUAGUUUCUAUUACAUUAAUUGAAAAAUGAAACAUCUUUAUGUCAUGUUCCUGGGCUUUACUUCUCUGUUGUUGGGGGUACUGUCUGCGUGUUUGCUAGGCAUCCCACCACUAACGGCUGUCCAAGCUGCAGUUUUUGAAGACUUGCUGUGUUUUGUGCACAGCUUCGUAUCUUCAGCUCAAGGAUGUGGGAGUACAGUUACUCACCCAACACAGCUAGCUUGUUUUCUUGAAAAUGAGCAAUACCUUUUGAUUUUAUCUUACCACUCUUUAAAUUGCCAUACUUAAGUCAAUACAGCAAUCUGAUAAGUAUCAGAAUCCUGCACUGGUGGCGUAUGUCCUUCAUUUUGGAUAUAUUAAAUAUUUUUGUGAAAAUGCAAAGGCUGCAAUAAGGCUGUUCGUAGUUGCAAAAUCCCACAGUAAAGCUACUGAAACCUGGUCCAAAAUAUCCUUAGUCAAUACUACGUAUUCUUAAAAAUGAAACAAUUUAUUUUAAAUGGGUAAUGGACUAUUUUGACCACUGUUUUCAAAAUAAACUUCACUGAGAGCUAUUUCUUGGUAGUACUAAAAUGAUACUUAUCUCCCUUUUUCUGCAGUUUGUCUCUGAUUUGAUUUUCAAGGCACUGACUCUAUUGUAAGUAUUGGUCAGUAGUGACUUACUAUUUUGCUCAUUCUCUCCUCUGUGUCCUCCACUGCCAUUUGAGCCGCUAUAUGAAAAGUAACAUCAGGUUGUCCACAACCUUUUAGCACAAACUUUUAUCUGGAAGUGAUACUAAUACUACUUGUGCUUGCUCUUUGCAUUUCCUGCUUAAUUAAGUUACGCUGCCAUUGCUGGCUCUUGAUCUGGAUGUCUGUGUAAAUACUAUUCUAAAACUGAAUUAGUAGUUUAAUUAGUCUAAUUAGUGGUAGACUUGUGCGUUUCUUUUGUAUUUAAGGAGAAAGGCUGAGAUAUGCCACUGUCUAUUAACCACUGCUUCAGCAAGUCCAGUUUUUUGUCUCUAGGAAAGAUAGUGCUCCAGUAACCUGUAGAGUCUGACAAAUUGCUACAGUUGGUCAGGCUAUUUCCAAAUUCUUCAUGGUUCAUCAUGGUGUCAGGAAAAAA